GAACCUCUCUCAUCUCUCUCACUGUCACUCUCGCACUCAAGCUCUUUCAUCUCCGGUCUUUCUCACUGCCUCCGGUCUCGCACUGAAGCUCGUCAUCGCUCUGUGUCAAGUCACCGUCUCGCAGUCAGCGCACGCCUUCCCUGCGCUCGUCGUCGCCGGCGGCAGAAGCAGCAGGUCCUGGGGCUGGUCGUCGUCGUCGCUCUUUGACUCGUCACCGUCUCGCACUCAGUCGCACGCCUUCCCUGCGUUCGUCGCACAUCCCGGGGCUGGUCGUCGUUGUGGUCUUCUUGCUUCGAACCUUGCCGUCAGCAGCUGGUCCCCGACUUGGUGA